AUGCCUUCAUCUGCCCCGGUGCGGCGGCCCAAGCUGCAGGCCUCCAAUGGUCACAAGGCCGAAGUCCCCAUCAGCUACGACAUCAACAUCCCCUAUGUCGACGUGGACGAGCAGUCCAAGAUCAAAACCAAUUACCCGCAGUACCUGCCCUCCUGGGAUCCCAUCUGGUUUGAUCCACUGCCACCUUUCGAAUAUGAAGACCCGGCGCUGCGCGUACUGGACCGCACCAAACCCAACCUGCUUCGGCCCGGCGUCACCGUCAACCACAUCCAGCCCAGUCUGGGUAGUGUGGUGGAAGGAGUGCAGCUCAGCCAGCUGUCCGACACCGCCAAGGAUGAACUAGCUCUCCUCAUAGCCGAACGCAAGGUGCUCGCCUUCCCCGAGCAAGACCUCAUCGACGCCGGCCCCGACGCCCAAGAACAAUUCAUGCGCCACUUCGGCAAACCCAACUACCAGCCCGUGUCGGGGAGUAUGAAAGGCCAUCCAGCCUUCCACAUUAUCCACCGGGACGGCAAUCGCGAGGAAAUUGCGCGAUUUCUCGAGCAGCGCACGACCACGACGCUGUGGCACCAAGACGUCAGCUACGAAAUCCAACCACCGGGCUACGUCAUGCUUGGCCUCCUGGACGGUCCCCAAGUCGGCGGGGAUACCGUCUUUACCGCGACAGACAUGGCCUACAAGCGGCUGUCACCGACCCUGCGCGGGUUCCUCGACACGCUGUCGGCGAUGCACUCCUCGGCCAAGAUGAUCAGUCACACACGACUGACGGGGGGACUGGUGCGCAAGGACCCCGUUGACACGGAGCAUCCGCUGGUGCGCGUGCAUCCCGUGACGGGCGAGAAGUGUCUGUUCCUGAAUGGCGAGUUCAUCACCCGGAUCCAGGGGAUGAAGGAGCCGGAGUCGAAGUGGAUGCUGGAUUUCCUGAUGCAACAUAUGAUGACGGGCCAUGAUUUCCAGGCUCGCGUGCGCUGGCAGCCGCGGACAAUCGUUUUGUUUGAUAAUCGGUCCACGCUGCAUUCCGCCAUCGUAGACUAUCUGGACGACGAUCACGGCGCCCAAUCGCGGCAUAUCUUCCGCCUCGGUGCCCUAGCCGAGAAGCCGAUUCCCGUGUACGAGGGAUUCGACUGA